AUGGGUUGUGAAGGGGAGGAGGAGGAGGUGGUUGUGACGAAGAUGGCGGGCGAGUGUCACUGUUCAAACCAAGCAAAGGCCAAGCAAAGGAAGGACCCUUUGCGAAUCACACUGACUUUGUGCCGUCUUGCAAACAAACUUUUUUCCCUUUCGGCCAAACUGAGAAACUUCCGCGACAAAUUUCUUGACUUCCAACUUCGGAACUCGGAUCCUCCGACAACCGCAUCGGGGUUUCGCUCAAUCGGGUGGCUGAGUCGCGUGAGUUGCUUCGAUUCACGGCUGAUCCGAACUGGCCUUUUGAGCCAAUUCCAGAGUUGUGUCUUUCGGUCGAGCCAGUUUGUGAUUACAGGACAUGAUUCUUGGUUGGCUUCGCCACCACCAUCACAUCGGAUCGUAUCGAUCGCAUCGCAAAGCGCAGCAGCCAUCAAGAUGAAUGCGCCACUCGCCAUGCAUCACCAUGGCGCAGGGCCCAGCUCGCAUUCCUCGCAUCGUCCUUUGAUCACGCAGCAGCGUUUGGUGGGCGUCUCGUCGUCAAUACCUUCCGACUUUAUCCACAACGAAUUCAGCUUUGAGCAGCACAUCAAGGACAAUCUCAACGUGAAGCUCGACAACGACGCUCAGCUGUGUCCAGACUACAUCGAGAGGCUCCAGUGUCCUCGCGGUGCAUCGUGUCCCCGGCGCCAUGUCAAGCCGAGCCAUCUCAACUUUCUACCGCCAGGAUCGACAGCGCUGCGCGAUCCCAACAAGCGAACCGUUUGCAAGCAUUGGCUUCGAGGUUUGUGCAAGAAGGGCGACCAGUGCGACUACAUGCACGAGUACGAUAUGCGCAAGCUACCCGAAUGCAGGUUCUACGCCACCUUUGGAUUCUGCAACAGCGGAGACGACUGCCUCUAUCUGCAUGUAGAUCCCGCCAUCAAGAGGAAGGAGUGCGAGAGGUACAAUCGAGGCUUCUGUCCAAAGGGUCCACUCUGUCCCAAGAAGCACGUUCGACGUGUCGCCUGUCCGCUUUAUCUCUCUGGCUUCUGCCCAGAGGGGCUCGACUGUCCGCGCGGACACGUAAAGAGCACGCCUCCCUCGAGCGCAUCACGUUCCAAUUCACCCAUCCAGACCCAUCGGCCUUUGACUGCAGCAGAAGCCUUCGGUACGGGCACGGGUCGCGCGGACGAUUUUGUGGACGGCAUGCGCAACCAACGUGCACCACCAGGACGAUACGGAGUACCCGGUGGAGCGGGUGGAGCAGCAGCAGCAACAGCAGAUGGAGGAGCAGCACGAUCAGCAGCCGGAUUCGCCAACAACAUGCAACGCCGUCCCAACAAUGGAUUCGGAGCACCACCGCAGGGAGGACAAGAUGGCGGACGUGGAUGGCGCAAGGAUCUCUCAGAAGUGCUUUGCUUCAAGUGCGGAGAGAUGGGUCACUUCGCCAAUAUGUGUCCCAACCCCGCUCUGCCAGGCAACCGCGGCGGCGUCGAGCGCGGUCCAGGCGGGCAAACACGCCAACCACGAGAUCGGCCUCGUCCAUACUAG